UCCCUCCACGGCCCCGGCGUGCAGACAUGCUGUGAGAUAGUCCCAUGCAAGGCCCGAUUAUUGGCCACAACAACUACAGCAAACGGGCCUUUAAGCAUGGAUGGUACGGGAAGUGAGCCCCGGGUUCAGAAGUCUUUAUAUGCAGCUGGGCCUCCGACCGGAGUCCCAGCUACAUCAUGCGAGCCGGUUUGGUAUCAGUCCCGUGUUUGUGUGCCACCGUCGGCUGUGUAACCAAACGCAGAUGAAACAGAAAUAGCCCUGGAAAUAAGUGCGGAUUAAUUGAGUUAAACGCGUUACCGGUGUGCGGUUAGCCCGGUCAUCUGCGGUUUGCUGCUGCGGUCUGGGGGGAAAAAAGAAGCUAAGCAAACAUGAGCGACAAGGGGACAGUCUCACCGAAAGAGAAGGAGGCAACAGAGAAGAGGGGGCGUGGAAGACCCCGCAAGCAGCCCCAGGAACCAAGUGGGUCCCCUACUCCAAAGAGGCCCAGAGGACGGCCGAAGGGCAGCAAAAACAAGACAGCCGGCAAGGCCAAAAAGGCAACAGCAGCCCCAUCUGCAGGGGGAAAACGUAGGGGAAGACCUAAGAAGGAGGAGAAGGAAGAAAAGGCAUCCCAGGAAUCAUCGGAGGAGGAAGAGGAGGAGGAAGACCAGUAAUUCACAACGCAUGCUACCUCACUCAACAUACUGACUUACUGUUAACCAGAACUGGGCUGUAUCUCCAAGACCAGUGCCACCACAUGACCACUGUUCACGACAAAGCCCUCCUUACCAAAAGGAGGGUUAACACAGUACAAAUAUCAUGCAACAGCACUGGAUAGAACGAUGGACCUUGCUCAUGCAUAGAUCUAAGAAUUACAUGAAAGGUAACAGCCCUUUUCUCUACAUGUCAUGGUAUCACAAGUCUUUUAUACUGGACAAAAGUGUUGCUCUAAGGAGCCUGGAUGUUUCUGUUUUUCCCCCCCUAAAGAUGGUCUGUAGGACAUUUUCUAUGCUUAAUGUUACUACUUUGUUGUACCUGCAUCUGAGAUGGUAGGGCAUAUAGAUUUUUCUCCACGUUUAGUACUGGACAAGGGUGAAUUUUACCUAUACUUGCUGUUUGUGUUUUUUGUUUUUUUUUGUCCGCGUGAAAUGGUUACACAAUCCUUUGCAUCGUAUUAUAGAUGGAGUUGAGCUUCAGAGUAGGAUGAGAAUAGGUAACAGAUGGUUGAACUGGUGUGGGGUGUGUUGUUUUGUUUUUUGUUGGUGUGUGUGUGGGUUUUGUUUUGUUCCCCCUUCCCAUUUCUAACCCGUAUAACUGAUUUCACCAGUAGAGCAGAGACACCCUUUACCCCCCCCCCCCUCCUCCUGUGGGACAGUUUAGACUUAGUUGCACUUCUCAGACUUUCCUUGGCGUGUAGCGGGGAGACGUAAAGUGUAUCAUUAGUAAUCAAUAGUCUGAUCAGACUUACUGUUUUGUUCCUUCGGGUUACAUACCAUUUAAAGAAAACAUGAGUGUGCUGCUUUUCAUGUUUAUAAUAAAACUCAAAUCUUUUGGUAUAUGUGUUUUUAAGGAUAGGGUUGGCAGAGGUCUAGGCCGAGAGCAUCAGUGUCGUUUCUUCAGGGAGCUUUUACAAAUGCCGUUACAUUGGCGUCUUUGUCUUCACAAGGUCCUCAGUUUCCAAGCGCUCACUCAAUCACUCGUAAGGCAAAUUGCAAUUAGUCAAACAAGGAGUUUGAUUGUAACAGGAUAGUUGGUGGCACUACUAUCCAACAGGGCUGUAUGGUUUUCUUUUUUCAUUCCAUCUGGCUCACUGCUUCACCUAGCUUGGUCCUUCUGUCCUCACUCAGUACAGUAAUAUACUUUCUUAGUCUUUUUGAAGAUGUGUGUGUUGUAUGCUGUCUGCUACAGGAAAAAAAGAUGUGUGUAUUUCUAAGUGUCAGGGAACCCGCAGUCACAGUCCACUUAACUGGGUUUUUCCACACACCUAAGCUGCUACAACCUCAGUUACGAAACCCGGAAAACUGCAAACAGGCAAUACAGGGCCUGGAAUUUCAUACCUCACUCAACAGCUUACUUUACCGUAUAAUUGCAUUUAACUGGUUUUCUGUUUUUAAAUGUAACCUCUGGCAUGAGUUGGAAAGAUGUCGUUAUUAAAAACAUUUUGUUUGUUUUAAAAACCUGACUGUAAUGAGUUAUCUAUGAUAUCAAGUUUGUGAUUGUGCAUACGCAGCACGUCUUGGCUCGUUCAUAACCGGAGCUUGUAGCCAGGAUGUUUUUUUUAAAUGUGUGAAGCAAGUCAGGGAGACCUGUCAGCUUGACAACUGUGUUCGCUGACUGUGGUAGAUUAGCAAGUGUGUUUUUAUCCUUUUAAAAUUCUGGUGCACUGAAAUAUUGGUUCAGAUUUUCAUGGACAAAUGUUUGUUUGUGACAGACGGGGCGCUUUUUCCACUUAACUGUUCUGUUGGCCACAGUGUGUCUGGCACUACCGCACACAGCCAUACUCAUACAAUGGUCAUUUUCUUUUUUUUUUUUUUUUUUUUUUUUUUUCUU